CCCUCUCCCGAGGUGGUGGUGGGAACCAUCAAGAUGAACCGUACAAUUUCAAUUCACGUCUAGAAAUCAACCCAGCUUGCAAAAUUUGUUGGUUUAUGACAGAGUAAUGAUACACAUUUUCACCUCAGUUGCAUCCUCCAUCACCAUUAAACCAAGGCUUCACCUUUGUUUUAUCCAAUCUUGAAAGAAACAUACACUCCAUACUUUCUUCACAUGGCUUCCCAUAACCUCAAAAUCCAUGAACAGUGCACUGUUGCUCCUCCCUCUGCGCCCCAAACAACCCUCCCUUUCCUAUUCUUCGACCUGCUCUGGCUCAGGUUUCAUCCUGUAGAACGCAUCUUCUUCUAUUCCCUCCCUGUAACCCAUUCAAAUCCAUCCAUUUUCUUCACCCAAGUUGUUCCAAAGCUCAAAACGUCACUCUCUCACACCCUCCAACACUUUUCCCCUCUCGCCGGCAACGUCCUGUGGCCCUAUGGUUCUCCAAACCCCGUCAUUCAGUACAACCCAGGCGACGGUGUUUCAGUGGUGCUUGCAGAAUCCGAAGCCGACUUCGACCAUGCGUUGGACAACGCUCCUAAAGACGCAUCAGAGUCACGUUGUUUGCUUCUACCUUUCCCUCCAAGAUUGGAAGAUCAUGUUCGAGGGACAUUCGUGCUCACGGGAGCAGAUUUGGAGAGAUUAAAGAAUAGGGUGAUGUCCAAGUGGGACAGUGUAGACAUAGUUAAAGCAGAAUCAGGCUCAAACUCAACGGUUUCUUCAAAACCAACCAAAUUGUCGACUUUUGUUCUAACUUGCGCUUAUACUUUUGUUUGCAUUGCCAAUGCCUGGAACGGAGUUGAAAAUGAGAAAAAUAAGUUUGGUUGUGGGUUCACCGUGGAUUGCAGGGCCAGGAUGGAGCCUCCAAUUCCUGAAAACUACUUCGGGAACUGUGUAUGGGGCAAUUUGGUGGCUGCUAAGCCAUCGGCAUUUAUAGAGAAAGAAGGGUUUGUUAUUAUUGCGAAAAGUAUUCAUAGUAAAAUAAAAGAGAUAUUAGAUAAGGGUGUUUUUCAUGAAGCAGAUGAUAUUGCUCCUCGAUAUGAAGCUUUGGCAAAACAGGGAGUUGAAGUGUUAGGAACUGCGGGGUCUAACCGUUUUGGAGUUUAUGGGAUUGAUUUUGGUUGGGGAAAGCCUUUAAAAGUGGAGAUAGCAUCGGUGGAUAGAGCCCUAACAAUUGGAUUAGCAGAUAACAGAGAUGAGAAAGUCGGUGUUGAAGUCGGGAUUGUUAUGAAGAGACCAGUGAUGGAACUAUUUGCCACUUUGUUUCGUGGAGGAUUGUCAGAUGAGUGAUUCAACAUGGCAUAUAUGAAUUUGAACAAACUGCUCACAAACUUCCCCCUUUCUUCUUUAUCAGAAAAUCAAAAGUCUUCUUCAUUUGCUACAAAAAUUCUCAUUGAGUUUCACCAUCAUAUAUUUACUUUCUACUAGUUUUUUUAAUUGUCUAACUUAGCUAAA